GUCAAGAACGUGUCAUUGUCAAGCUAUCGAUGUGAAACUAUAGGUAUUCCAUAGUUGUAGAGACAUUUGAACGUCACCAACCAUGCUAGACAAAAUUGUUUUCACUAAAAACUGUUUUGUUGUUUUUUAUAGCCUAUUGGGUCUUUCAGUUCGCACUCACAGCUGGGAUUGAUUGUUCGGAUGUGCUGAGCUGAGACCGAGGCAAGGAGCUCGCUUGAUAAAAAGAGGUUUUCACAGCGUGAACCUGAGCUAAAGGUGACACUGAUCUUCAUGUGAAGAUACUAAACUCAUUUUCAAUAUGGCAGAUGUACUAAGUGCAGAGGAGCUACUGAGCUACAGGCACGUUAACACCUGGCUCCCUCGGCGAGCCCAUAAAGAGAACAGACUCCGUGUUACAGAUCUGGAGAAACUGAAGAGAGUUUAUCAGCAACAGGAUGGGUUACUUCAAGAAAAGAGAGUCACUAAGCUCGGAAACCUGGCAGUCGGAGAAUGGAACACUUGUAAAGAGCUGGUCGAGGUCAAAGUUGAAAAGGGCAAAUUCUGGCAAACUAUGGGUUACCACUCGGGUGGGAAGAAAUAUGUGUAUGCGGAGGAAGGUUUAUUCCUUCUGGAAAUGAAUUGUAUGGAGCUUAUGCACCAUGGUGUUCCUUUGACACAGCAAGAGGCGUAUGAGCUCAUGAUCCCAGAACACUUCUCACUGGAACAUUACCAGGUGUAUUGCCAUCUGAUGCGCUUGGGCUACAUAACAACUAGGCACAGAGAAAAUGACAUCACUGACUAUGAGUACAGAAUCCAGCUCCAUCAGUAUCGUCACAAUCAGAAGAAAGUCUACCGCAAAGUCCAGGGCUGGUUCCAGCAGAUGGGGGAUGAUAACGAGACGGAUAUCAAAAGCGGUGAGAUGGGUCGCUAUGGCGACACGUCAUCAAACACGUCUCUGCCUGAUGGUCAGCAGACCAGCAACGACACGAGUAGUAUCAGUUUUGCCGGUGUCUCGAGCAGAGCUUCCAACGACCAGGCGGUCACAGGGGAUCCAAUGACCUGCCGGUCUAACCCGCUCCUGCCCGGCUCUGAAACCAGCAGCAUCGUCAACAACUUGCCAUCGUCUGGCGAUGAAAGUUCCUUGUACUCUGACAGUCCUGUAUUGGUGCAGCCUGUCAAACCAGAACCGCUUGUGUACGGUGCUUCAGUUAACCUAUUGAAUUAUCAUAAGAGAUUCAUGCAGUCUAAUGAAAAUGAUAUGAACCCCUUGAAGAGGAGCUUGGAGACUAGUACCAGCGGAACAGAAUCAGAAACAGAUGGAGAUAGUCUUCUAAGACGUCCCACGAAAAGAGUCAAACUUGAAAUUGAAAAGGACCUUGUGAUCUUCUCGGAUAGCAUCAAAGAUGGGAGUUUGGACAGCGCAAAGGUCAUAAACAGGCCGCCUUCGUCGGAAGAUUCCCCGACCAAGUGUGAUUUUUCAAGCUUGAAGCGGAUCAACUACCAGGUGGAGAAGGAGAACUUUGACAAACUGAUCAAACCUGCCAACGCACACUGGGAGAGCUCUGAUCUCGGCACAUCCUACCCGUCAGGUACCUCCGUUAAUAUCGAUGAUGUCCUGGACACCUUCUUGCCAUCAUUGAUUGAUAAUGCAGACAAUGAUCCUAUCUCAAGUCCAUACUCCAGCUGGAACUUCCAGACGAUCAAGCUUCCCAACUUUGCAGAUAAGCCGAUUGAGCAUGAGAACCCAUGGGAAAGGAGUAGAUCCAGGGCUUCAAGAAGGCAUGAUCAGUGCUCAACGGAGAACGAGAAGGCAGAGCAACUCAUGAAGACAUCUCAGAACCUGUUGAACACUUCCGCUAACAUGAUCGCCACCUCCGGUGAGAUGCUGAAGGAUUGCUCCUCUAAGGGAAAGACCAGAUGCAACGCGGGGGAUAAAGGAAACAACGCACACCUGAACAAAGGAAGAGCUCCAACCAACUGGAGUGAAUACAAGAAGAUGUUGUCGAUGGAGGAGACAGCCCGGAGAGCUGAUCAAGACAUCUUUGAUAGCCCUGUUGAUCAUCUCUGGCGUGGAGAUGUCAAGCCCUUAGUACGGCCGGGUGAUGCAACUUACACAGGCAAUAUACUUAAUAAACUACAGGUUAUCUCAAGUUCCUACAUGACAUCAGAACAUACAAGGUUGUCCCCUACACAGGGCUCUAAUAAUGUCAAGCUAGCAUUUGACGUUUUCCAUCCCAGUCCAACCUUCAAGAAGACUCAGCCAGGCAGGCCAAAGUUUCAUGUCGUAGUUGCAAGAGUGAGCGACCCUGUUCCAGAUCUUCUAACUUUAGCCCGCCUCCUACAGCAGGCUAGUACCAUAACACUCCUGGUUGCUGUUGUAGAUAACGGUGAUAUAACUUUCUAUACACUCAAAGGGAUCGAGCUGACAACUGAUAUUAUUCUCGGAUAACAACAAACCUAUCUGCUUGGCUCGAUUCUUAUCAUUCGUGAUGGAUCACCUGUCAUUCGUUGCUUUACUCACAACUUCGACUGAGACUGAUUGCGUACAAAUCUUUAAUAAUCUCGGGAAAAAAACACGCACCUUGGAAAACAAAAUCAGUCAAGGUCCGAACUGAAAUUUACUGGUUCAAUGAUGAUAUUCGUGUAGGCAAGCUGCUGGUGUUUAUUGUGCGUUGUGCAAUUUGUGUUCCGUUGUUCGCUGUUUUGGGUAUUUUGUAUAAACGUUGUUGCUGGUAGAUAGACAGUUGGUCCGUUGAGCAGGUCUUCAAGGAAAAUUCUAUCAAUUAAUACUUCACACUAAUGUGGUACAUUAUCUUGGUUCAAAGCAGUAUACAUGUAUACUGUAUUACAUAAUCAUGGCUGUAGCCAUUAUACACUUUCGGUACAGAAAAAAAAGAAAA